CAGGGUGUGUGUGAGCCUCAGUGUGUGUGAGAGUCUCUGCUCUGAGCUGGUCUUUGUUCGGGUGCUCUCACUGCGGUCCGCUGGGGGUGUGUGUGUGUGUGUGUGAGAGAGAGAGAGAGCCUCGGAUCUUCAUCAUGGGUCCAGAAGGAGCUUCAUCACGACUGAGCAGAGUGUGUAUCUGGACCUUCAUCACCGUCAGCAUCUGCUCUCCCGCCGGCUCGAGUCUCUCAGAUGGUGUGUCUGUGGAUCAGCUGGACCUGACAGAGCUGAUCGGCGUUCCUCUUCCUCCUUCGGUCUCCUUCAUCACGGGGUUGGAGGGUUUUCCGGCGUACAGCUUCGGCGCGGAUGCUAACGUGGGCCGGUUAGCGCGCUCCUUCCUCCCAGACCCGUUCUUCAGGGAUUUCUCCAUCACGGUGACUGUUAAAGCUAGCUCUCGGCGCGGCGGUGUGCUGUUCGCCGUCACGGAUGCGCAGCAGCGGGUGGUGCAGCUGGGGGUGUCGCUGGCGCCGGCGGAGGAUGGGUCGCAGCGGGUCAUCCUCUACUACACUGAAGCCGGAGCCGAGCGCACGCAGGAGGCGGCUGCAUUUAAGAUGGCGGAGCUGACAGGCCGCUGGGCUAGUUUCAGUCUGAGCGUGCAGCGCAGCGAGGUGCAGCUCUGGGCCGACUGUGAGCGUGUGCAGAGCGCCACCUUCAGCAGGAGUCUGGAGCCGCUCACCUUCCACAGCAGAGCCGGGAUAUUCAUCGGGAACGCCGGAGGAACUCGCAUGCAGAGCUUCCAGGGCUCGAUCCAGCAGCUGCUCCUGAACUCUGACCCCUCGGCCCCUGAGCGGCAGUGUGAGGAGGACGACCCUUACGCGUCGGGUUUCAGCAGCGGAGACGAGAUCUACGACGACACCGAGACUCCAGACGAGGCCAAGAGACUGCUGGAGGAGAGAGAGUUCAUCAUGCCGGUGGAUGUGGAGCUGAGUCCUGUGAGAGCGCCACCUACUGAAGAUCCAGAGCUGUACACUGAUGAUGAAGACCUGACAGAGGAGGACGCUUCUGGAGACUCCAGACUGAUGCACAGCUCCACAGAGAGGAUCAGAUCAGAAGGAGCGUCUCAGGACAGAAACGUCAUCACCAUGCAGAAAGGACAGAAAGGAGAGCCAGGGUCACCUGGACCUCCAGGAGCUCCCGGACCUCCUGCUCCACACCACAGAGAAGCAGAGCCGGGGCCGCGGGGCCCUCAGGGGCCGACCGGAGCUCCAGGAGCCCGCGGAGAGACGGGCGAUGCAGGGAGAGACGGAGCUCCGGGGGAAGCUGGACCUCCGGGAUUCCCAGGCCUUGCUGGAGAUCCGGGACCCAAAGGGGAGAAGGGGGAUCCAGGUGUGGGUGUGCCAGGACUGCCAGGACCCCCGGGGCCCCCUGGAGCACCGGGAACAGGGAGGUAUCUGGACGGCCCUGACGGCUCCGGCUCCAGAUAUGUGGACUCAGACAGUGACACUGAGCUCAUACGGGGUCCUCCAGGACCGCGGGGGCCUCCGGGACGUCCAGGGCCUUCAGCCGAGGCUCAUCCGGGGCCAGCCGGGCCCCCAGGGAGAGAUGGAGAGACGGGUAAACCUGGACCUCCGGGGCCGAGCGGAGCUGACGGACAGCCAGGAAAAGAUGGAGAACAUGGACAGAAGGGUGAAGCCGGAGUACCUGGAGUCAGUGGAGCACAGGGUGAAGCCGGACGGCCGGGGCCUCCAGGACCCCCGGGCCCCAGUGGAGCUCCAGGAAGACCCUUCAGAUUUGACAUGAUGGAUCUGGAGGGCUCUGGUGUGGAUGGAGGCAGUGUAUUCAGGCCUGUGCUGCCCAGAGGCCCACCUGGUCUGCCAGGUCUGCCGGGACCACAGGGUAACAAAGGAGCCGUCGGCCCGCCAGGGGUUUCAGUGAAGGGGGAGUCAGGCGCCAAAGGAGACCAUGGAGAAACGGGAGCCCCUGGACUGCCUGGAGCUCAGGGGGAGACGGGCCAGAAAGGUGACACGGGCCAGAAGGGAGAGAGAGGUCUGGACGGGGUCUGUUUACCUGGACCUCCAGGGCCUCCCGGACCUCCAGGACCACUCAUCAGCCUGCAGGAGCUAAUGCUCAAUGACACUGAAGGAGUCUUCAACAUCUCCAGCAUCUCUGAGCUUCAGGGAGCUGCGGGGCCGAGGGGUCCGAAGGGGGACGCGGGAGCCCCAGGCCUGCACGGAGCACCGGGUGUAAAGGGUCAGAAAGGAGAGCCGGCUCUGGUGUCUGGAGUUCUGGGCCCGCAGGGAGCCUCAGGACUGAAGGGUGAUCGGGGUGCUCCGGGACCUGCUGGAGAACGGGGCCCUGCAGGACCAGCUGGAGAAAAGGGCGAGUUUGGGUUCCCCGGGCGUGCGGGUCGUCCCGGGCUGAACGGUCGUAAGGGAGAGAAAGGAGACUCCGCUGGUGCUCCUGGUCCCCCUGGUCCUCCUGGCCCUCCAGGACGUCCCGCAAUCUUCAGCUGUCCUAAAGGAACUGUGUUUCCAGUUCCUCCUCGACCCCACUGCAAACAGCCGGUUAAUGGAGGAUUCACACAAGGAGAUUCUCUGGAUAAUAGAGUCACUGCUGGAGAAGGAGAACAGGGCUCCAGAGGAGAGAAAGGUGAAGCUGGGAUGCCGGGGUUACCCUCGAAAUCUGGCCUGCUGCAGGGGCCUAAAGGAGAGUCUGUGAUUGGACCUCCUGGGCAUCCUGGACCUCGAGGACCCCCCGGAGUGCCAGGUUUAGGGAGAACAGGUGUUGCUGGUCCUCCAGGACCCCCGGGACCCCCUGGACCCCCGGGGCAGCACAGAUCAGGACUGGUGAUACCUGGCCCUCCGGGACCGCCUGGACCUCCGGGACGAGCUGAGGCUUCCAGCACUCUCCUCAGGUUUGUGAGUGUGCAGCUGAUGCAGCAGCAGGUGUUUGUGCAGGACGGGUCUCUGGCCUUCAUCACUGACUCCAGUAAACUCUACCUGAAGGUUCCCCGGGGCUGGAGGGAGGUUCAGCUCGGGGCUCUGCUGGAGACGUUCCCGUCCGCUGGACACACUCUGAGUGACGCGCAGGUGCUGUUCCUGAGGCCUCAGAUGAGCCACAUACACACCAGACAGGCAGCACAACCGCUGAUCCUGAGGCCUCAGAUGAGCAGCACACACACCAUACACACCGGACAGGCACUGCGUGUAGCGGCUCUGAACGCUCCUCUGGCUGGAGAUCUGCGCUCCGCCUCGCAGCUCUGUCGGGCUCAGGCUCAGGCUCUGGGCAUCAGUGACGGGUUCCGGCCCUUCCUCACACACCGCACGCUGGAGCUGAGGGACCUGGUGCCCCCCGGGUACAGCAGUCUACCCAUCACCAACCUCAGGGGUGAUGUGCUGUUCAAGAGCUGGGAGAGCAUCUUCUCCAAUCAUCUUCUUCCUCCUGGUGUUCCUCUGUACUCCUUCGACGGCCGGGACGUGAUGAGCGACCCCUUUUGGCCUCAGAAGGCAGUGUGGCAUGGUUCUUCAGUGGGCGGGGCUGGUCUGUCGGCUGUGAGCUGUGAUUGGUGGAGAUCCUCAGAUCUGGCCCUCAGCGGUCAGGCCUCGUUCCUCUACAGCGGCCUGCUGAGCCAACACACACGCAGCUGCUCCAACCGCUUCAUCGUGCUGUGUGUGGAGACCCGGCCGGAGACACACACACUUUGAUGGACACACACACAUCUCAGAUGAAUGCACUGUACUCUGUGUUUGUGACGCUGCCUCGUGUGUUGUAUUUAUUGUGAAUCGUGUGCUUUAUUUAUGCAGCGCUCCGCCUGAAGAGCGGAUCAGUCUGUCCCUUCAUCAAUGCCUGAGCUCUGGUUUUCACAGAGCAGUUUCUGUUUUAUAGAGAUCAUCUGAAUGAAGAGAUCAGACCACCAGCAGAUGCUUUCAUAGGGUUUUGAACUUUAAGCGUUGUUUGUUUGUUUGUUUGUUUGUUUGUUAAAUAAACCUUUUUUCUGUAUGUGAUGUCGAUGCUGCGGUCUCUAGAGGUUUCAGCUAAUGAAGCAGAUGUUGAUAGUUAUCUUGUCUGUAUUUGUACAUUAUUAAUCUUAUUUUGUACAGCCCGUGGCCACAUGAUGUUUUAAACGUGCUUUAUUAAUAACGAACAAGAACUUUUCUUCAGCUGUCAUAAAACCAGCUGUGAAGUGUUCCUGUAGAGUGACUAUAAUGCAAACCGUUUACCUUAAAGUUAGUGUUUAAAUUAAUUUAAUAUUCUCAAUACAAUUCAGACAUGAUUUACAGUUUAUUUUAACACAUAUAGAAAGCAGAUGUGUGCAUUAUAGCUGACAUCUACAUGAAAACUCUUGAGGUAAAGUGUACAUCAAUGCAACUUUACAGACGCUCCCUAAAUUUGAGAGUUCUUAUUAAAAAAGUGACUUUAA